UUACGGAAUAGCUCCCAUCCGCGGAAGUCAUCCGAAAUCAGAUCAGCACAGAUAGCGCGCCCGUGGAUACACUAACUAGUGUAGCUCAGGUGUUUUGCUUAAUUUCCCACUCCAGCCCUUCCACUUCAGAACCGAGUGUUCUUUCUCCUCUCCUCCUCUCUUUCUCUCCUCAACCAGCAAUCUCUCUCACAAUCCCCAAUCCCAGCGCAAUCACAGUUACCUGACUUGCCACCCUUGCAACGUUGAAAGCAAGCAAUCAAGAUGUCUGACCGCGGAUACACCUACAAGAGCUCGGGCAUCAACACCCACGGCAAUCACUACUGUGCCCGCGACUACGGCAACAACUCCAACUCGUACCACUACUCCAACCGCGACGGUUCCUACUACUACUCCAACCCUAACGGCAGCACCUACUACAACAACGGCCAGGGCGGCUCGACGUACACGUCGCCCAGCGGCGCCAAGUACUCGUCCGGCUAUGGCUCGUCGUCCGGGGGCUCGCGCGGCUCGAGCAAGUAAAUCUGUCUGGGAGGCGUCGGAGCGCAUGGGAUGUUCUAGGCCGUCUUCACGUGCAUGUUACAGAGUGACAGGCAUGGGGGGUACCUGGAUCUAAGCGUCCGGACUAGGCCGGUGGGAUCGGAAGGGUAGCCGAAUUUGAGCGGAGUCAUUUCCAGCAGAAUCGUUGCCUGCCGAGCGCAAAGUGACAAACUAAAUCGUACACGCUGACUGCAUCAU